AUGGGCACUCCUCAAGGAAAGAAGAUGACUCCCAAGAAGGGUCAACUUGCGGCCUAUGACCGUCGCUCUCCUUCCAAGAUCUCCAAGUCUCAGAAGACUCCUAAGCUUAACAAGCUCAAGACACCUACUUCCACUCCCAGAGCGACUGCUUAUACUCACAAGCUUCCUACUGGCGAGCAGAAGAAGGGCAAUGGCCGAGUCACGGGACGCAGCCUCAUCAUGUGGAACCGUCCUCGCAUGACUGAGAAGCUUCUUCUCCACAUGCACUAUGAAUGCGCCCGUCACAAGAUCAACAUUCCUUGGGAUGCCAUCGCUCAUCGUCUUCGCCCCGGCUCUUCUGGCCAGGCAAUCUUGCAGCACGUCGGCCGCGUUCGCAAGGAGCUCCUCGCUGAAGGCCACAUGGUGCCACCCCCUGCCCACAAGUCUUCCCCUUCUACUCCCUAUGAUCCCACCGUCCGAGGCUACGUUCGUGAUCCUACUAGCGAUGACAAGCUUGCCACUCGCUCAGUUGGUUUCGACGAGAAGCUGGAUGAUGCCAAGAUCAACCUUCCCGAUGCUUUUGACGCAUUGGACGAAGGUGAAGAUGACUCCUUCACUGAAGCCAAUGGCGAGCUCUUCACUGAAGCCGACGACGAGCUCUUCACUGACAACGGCGAACUCUUCACUCCCGAGGCUGAUGCCAAUGUCACUGUCCUUGAGGACGAUAUCCCACUCCCAGUCACGCCGACUCCUAUCCGCCACGCAGCGCCACGACAGCCUGUGUCUGCUACCCCUGUGUCUGCCACGCCUGUGUCUAUCACUCCUAUGUCUACCACUCAAUACAACCUGAAGCCCCAGAGCUUUCAGCAGGGAAAUGUGGUUGCUGCCCAACAGCUUGAGCUCUUUGGCUCUAAUCUCUUCACCAAUAUCACGCCUCCUAACUUUCUGCUCAACAGCACCGAGGGACUGCAGCCUAUGGGUAUCCAGAACCCUCUUGCUUUUGCAAAUGAUACUCAGCUUCUGAUGGGCGGAGCCAACUUGUUUGACCCUUUUACUCUCCAGCCUCUCAUCAAGCCCAGCCAUGAGCAAAUCAGCCCCUGCGGUCAGUCGCCUCUUGGCCAAAUCCCCUACCCUUUCUUCACUGGAAAUCAACUCAACCUUCAAUACGGUGGCUACUACAACUUGCCUCAACCUGGCUUCAACAACUUGGCCCAGCCUGGCUUCAUUCCCCAUGCCCCUGUCGGCUUCACCAUGCCGCCCACUCCUCCUCCCGCUCUUUACAAGGCUGAGGACAAGGUGGAACCUGUGAGCUCCCCAACUGCCAACAACCACAGAGGCAUCUCUGUUUCUCCUGUCUCGUCGCCCGUCGCGGCCCAGCUGCCCACUUUGCAGCUGGAGACACUCCAGCCGGUGAUUGAGAGCCCAGAGCAACAGCUUGACGAGGCUACUCCUGUUCACCCAUACUCCGACGAUUUUGUCGGCCACGAGCUGUUGCUCGAAUUCCUCGCCAACUCGGAGUAA